GGUGCUGUUCGCCCAAUCUGUGUCCUGAAGGAUAUGAGUGUAAACUCACAGGUGACUCCUUCUUCUGUGAGGCGAUGCGUGAUGUGUCUCCAAUGAUUGGCUACAUGGAGAUCAUGGAGAUCAGUGUCAGCGUGCUGGGACUACUUCUCUUGGUUGGGAUCUUCGUUUGCAUCAGGAAACGUUACGUCCAGAAUAAGAAGAAGACGCCCGUCUGUGUGCAGGACUCCAAUGGCUACUUCCACCCCACCCUGACCAAGAGCAUGAAAUCGGAGAAGCGGGAGAUGAACCCGAUCGAGAUGAGCUCAUUGGUCGGUCCCAACAACGACCUCGACAAUACGCCGUUCAGGUUGCAGCGCCUUGGCAGUCAGAUCAUCUCCUCGGGAGGGGUUUCCUGCCCAAAGAUGCAGGGGCCGGUGGUGUGCAGCGUGGCCCCUAACCUCCCACCCAGACCCCCGUCCAGCUCGGAUAACGACUCCAUCAGGAAGACCCACUGGGACAUGGACUACGAAGGUGUGUGAUUUAUGCAUGAUGAGCAUUUUG